AUGACAAAGGCAGCAACUCUUUAUGGGAGCAAGACACAGAGUGAGGCCCUGCGGCCAGGGCCAUUGCGUCCAGCAAAUAUUAUCAGAAAUAAAUUCCCCACAUACAAGAAUGGUUCAAAUGGCAUAGUGAUCAAGCUGGCUGAUGGUCCAGAAAUGCCACCUCUCAAGGAGAUCGUUGCAAAGGAGACUGCAGAUCUACUUGAUCGUCGUCAGCGUCUCUCUGUCCGUGAACUUGCGAUGAAGUUUGAGAAGGGUCUCAACACUGCCACGCUGUUGUCGAAUGAGGUUAAAUGGAGACAAGUAGCUUUGCUGGAGCGGGAUAUCCUUUUGAAGAAUCUAAAGAGUGUAUUGGAGUCACUGAGAGGUCAGGUGACAGGCAAAACUAAGGAUGAAAUCGAGGAGUCUAUAUCUAUGGUGGAGAUCCUUGCGGUUCAGCUCUCCAAAAGAGAAGCUGAGUUGCUUCAGCAAAAAGAAGAGGUCACAAAAUUAGCAAAAUCAUUAAAGCAGGCUUCUGAAGAUGCAAAGAGAAUUGUUGAAGAAGAAAGAGCUAAUGCUCAUACAGAAAUAGAAACCGCUAAGAGUGCUGUCCAGAGAGUUCAGCAAGCAGUUCAGGAGCAUGAGAAGAUGUCCCAAAAUACUGGGAAGCAAGACAUGGAAGAACUAAAGAAAGAAGUUAGAGAAGCCCGGAGGAUCAAAAUGUUGCAUCAGCCCAGCAAGGCAAUGGAUCUGGAAAAUGAAAUACGAAUUUUACGUAACACAUUUGCUGAGAAGUCCAAGGAUUGUGUUAAUCUUUUGAAAGAGUUGGAAAUGCAUAAAAGGUUAAAAGAAAAUGGUACCAUCCCUUCAUUCGAUCUGGAAGGUCUCCAAUGCUUAGGAUCAAUGCUACGUAUAGUUGGUCUGAGUGGUACUCACAUGGAUUUGUCAAAUAUUUCAAUCCAGUGGUUCCGGAUACAUCCAAAAGAAAGCAAUAAAGAGAUUAUUUCAGGUGCCACAAGACCAGUAUAUGCUCUAGAGCCACAUGAUGUUGGACGCUAUUUACAAGCUGAAAUCGAUGUUGGCGGUGAAAUUGCAGUAGCAAAGACAGCUGGGCCAGUAGACCCUGAUGCUGGAUUGGUAGAUUAUGUGGAGACACUCGUAAGGAAACCUGAAACUGAAUUCAAUGUUGUUGUGCUUCAAUUGAAUGGCAUUGACCAGCCAAAAGAGUCGGUUCAUGUACUCAAUGUCGGAAGACUGCGGAUGAGACUUACUAAAGGGAAGUCUGUAGUUGCCAAGGAAUUCUAUUCCUCAUCAAUGCAGUUAUGUGGUGUUAGAGGUGGUGGCGAAGCAGCCUCGCAGGCAAUGUUUUGGCGACCCAGAAACGACCUCAGCUUGGUGCUAGCCUUCGAGAGCACUCGAGAACGCAACACAGCCAUCAUGCUUGCUCGGCGUUUCGCUAUAGAUUGCAAUAUCAUCCUUGCUGGGCCAGGAGACAAAACUCCCUGGUGA